AUGGGCGAGCGGUGGGUUGUGUGGAAGGCCACCGCCGCCUGCUACAGCCCGCGCGACCCGUUGAGUUUCCUCUUCGCCCUCCUGGCGCUGCUCCCCAUCGUUGUGUUGCUCUUUCUUGCGGGGCUUGCGAGUGCGCCGUCCUUCCGGCAGCAGGGGGCAGCGCUUGGGCUUCUCAUGGGGCUCGUGUUUAAUGCGGGCGUCAACGCCAUGAUGAAGCGGUGCACCCGAAGCCCGAGGCCGCGCCACCCGGCGAGCGGGGAUUUCUGCUGCGCCCCCCCGAGUGCCCACGGGAUGCCGAGUGACCACGCCCAGUUUAUGUUUUUCUUCAUUACAUGGCUGAUGCGCCGGGCCGCGUUGACCGGGCUGCCGAUGACUUUGGGAAUGCGGGCCUUCUUGAUUGCUGCGGCACUCGCCGUAUCCUAUGGCCGGGUGUAUAACAACUAUCACUAUCCCAUGCAAGUAAUUGUGGGGGGGCCUCACGGGCGUCACAAACGCCUACCUGUGUACCACGCCGCUAGGCGAGGCCAUACUGCAGCAGGUGGCGCUUGCUGUGUCACCCAUCAGAAAUUUCUGCACACGCUGGGUACAGUUCGUCGUUUGAUUAACACCGUUUCUGUACUCCUUUUUUUUUUGUCUGUUUCUCUCUGCUGUUGA